AUGCUGCGCUCAGGUCCCAAGAAAGUGGACCCACUCUUUGAAGCCGAGCUGCAGUUUCCAUCCCCCCACAACAAUGCUGAGAACAGAGACACCACGUACAGUGCAGAUCUCCCACCCCCCGCAUCAUCUUCGGAUCGCUGGCUUCCAGAUUCGAACCUCUUCAAUUCAUCAGCGUCCAAAAACCUGAAGUCCUCGGUAGCUGAAAGUGAGAAACCCUUAGCCUCCCAAAGCCCUAAAGCCUCAGGCAGCCUUCUCGGCGCUGUGGCUCUGAUCACUGGCACGUCAGUAGGAGCGGGGAUCUUGGCACUUCCUGGGAUAAGUGCCCCCGCCGGGUUCAUUCCCGCUACGUCGAUCAUGGUCGGCUGCUGGGGCUUCCUGGUUGGGGAGGCCCUGUUGUUGGCGGAGGUGAAUGUGGAGCUGCUGAAAGGGGUCGCCGGCGACAAAAACAGGGCCUCGGAUGUGCUGUCGCUCCGGACGAUGGCGCAGAAGACGCUGGGUCCAGCGGGGGGCACUGCGGCCACGCUCGCAUAUGUGUUCCUGACGUAUGCUCUCCUGACCGCAUACAUUGCAAAGUCGGCCGACGUGCUCUCCCUUCUGAUGGGGCUGCCGACCGAGUGGGCCGGCGUUGCAUUCGUGGGGUUCUUUGGGGUGGUUCUCUUGGUCGGCGGAACCGUCUUCACCGACUAUGUGAACCAGGCUGCAACAGGGAUCAUGCUGACUCUGUUUGCAAUCAUGGUCGGGGGGGGCUCUCUCUUUGCGGACUGGUCCAUUCUCGAGAACGCAGACUGGGCGGCUGCGCCGGCCGCCGUCCCGAUCAUCUUUCUGUCGCUAGUAUAUCAUGACUUGACACCCGUGCUGUGCAGCUAUUUGGGUGGCGACAUCAAGCGGAUUCGCCAGGCCAUUAUUGGGGGGAGCCUGGUGCCGCUCCUCAUGUUCGUCUCCUGCAACGCGGUGGCGCUCGCGAUCUCGCCAGUCACGGGAGGUGGCGACCCGCUGAAUAUCAUCAUCCGGUUAGGAGGUCCUGGCCCCGCCGCUCUGAUUGAGUGCUUCUCCCUGCUGGCAAUCUCCACGUCAUUCAUCGGAACAAUCCUGGGGGCAACCGAGUUCGCGCUUGAGCAGCUCGGGGGGCUGCAGUUCGCAGGGGACAGACCCCCCCUUGCCGAAAGAAAGGAACCUACAGAAAGUGUAAAUACUCGCAAGGCCACAGAGCGCAGGUAUCAAGGGGGUUUGGGAACCGGGUUAAGAGGAAGCUCGUCAAAUCAGGUUAAGUCGUCAAAGGGAUCCGGAAGGGCAGGGGAGGCGGCGGCACACGAAGAGAUCGAUCGGUUGCAAAAACGGGUUAAGGACAAACUCGCGCAAUGGGAGUCGCGGUUUGAGCGUGAGGUGGGGAACGGGCGCAAGAGCAACCUGUACAGUGUAAAUAAGCUCGAUGAGCGCUCGGUGCCCAGAGCGCGCACCUCCAGAGAAGGUAUUCACACCAGGGGUGCUUCGUCUGUGAAUAAUGUUAGCCUGCCUAGUAGCUCAGCCAUUGUUAAUAGUCUACGUUUAGAAUCCCCGUCUAGCCAGACAGGUUCAAGUGAUUCGGAAAACGGAAACGGAAGGGGAUUGGCAAACGGAACCGGACCAGCACCAGGACCGGACUCAAGCGGGAUAAAAACGGACGAUUCUGUGGGCGGCCUUUGGGCUAUUGAAGCCCCGACAACCGGGAAAGUGAACUGGGCACUUCGUACGGGUGCUUUCUGCAUGGUUCUGAUUCCCCCGGUCGGAGUGGCCAGCCAGUAUCCGGACGCGUUCUUCCAGGCGAGCAACCUUGCGGGAGCCUACGGCAUGACGACACUGUACGGCAUCUUCCCUGUGGCCAUGGCCUGGAGCAUGCGGUCCAGUGUCAAGCGAAGGGGCGACGACUCGAUGGCCUUAGGGGAAUACUCUCGGCUGGUCCCCGGGGGCCGAUUCACACUUGUGUUGCUGGGGCUGGGCGCCGCGGCAAUCAUGGCGGGGCAGGCCGCGCUGGACAGCAAAUUGGCUGCGGGCGCUAUUGCCGACGCCCUCGCAGAGGCCGGCCCGGCCCUCGGGGCGCUUCAGGACGCGGCGGCCGUAGCCGCGGCGGCCCUUUCGGACGCUCGCAAACAUGUACAGAGUUUUGCUGCGGACUCGGACGCUCUUCAAUCCGUCCGGAACGCUCUGAUUGAGCGGUAUGCUGAGGUGUCGCAAGCGCUGGAGGAGUCAACGCUAGACGAGUCUCUGCGAAAUGUAGAGAUGCAGUUGAGGCGGCGCUUGGCGGAGUUGACGCGGGAUGUCGAGGGGUUCAGGGUGGCUGAGAAGCUGUCGGCCGCGCAGGGGGGGCUAGAGAAAGUCAGCAUGGGACUGGGAGAGCGUUUGAGCGCGCUGGAGGACUUGAAACUAGACGAAUCUCUGCAAACUGCGGUUGACUCGGCUCUGGGUUUGGGAGCGGAUCUGGAGGUGGAGAUGAGGCAGCGCUUGGCAGAGUGGACAAAAGACCUGGACGGGUCAAGGUUGGCCGAGAAGCUGUCGGUUGCACAGGAGGGGCUAGAGAAGGUUAGCAUGGAAUUGGGAAAGCGUGUGAGCGAGCAAUUGCAGGAGUUUCAGCGACUGAUGCACUAA